AAUAAAGCGUCUACCGAGCAUCCUGGAUGGAUGUGUUUCCCUUGCCUCCAUAGUCUCUUAUUGUUUCUCUGCUAUAGUAGUCACGCAUGUGUACUUUUUUGUCCGCCUCUCAGUCCUGCUUGCGUUACAAAUCUCAUCAUGAGUUCAGCAGGGACGUCAAGUCAGACCUCCAACGGUCUUGGCUUCGAUGAUUUCUUUCCAACAUGCGCAAAUUCCUGCGUAUCGGAAACUCUGGCCUCAGUGCCCAGUCUGGAUGUGACAGCAAGAUAUUUGUGUGACGUGACUCGGUUACAUGAGGCAGUCAGUUGUAGUUUCCAGAGAUGCUCCAUAAUCGAUGGGUUCCAAACCCAGAGACUCCUGUUCGAUGUUUGCGGCUUGCCCAGACGAGACAGCGGGUCGUCAGCCACAGCCAGCGCAGUCGCUGGAGCAAUCGUCGCCGUCUCCAGCGUUGCGGUCCGCGAGUACUCCCAGCUCACGCGCGUUGACUACAAGAUCGGGCUCGACGAUUACGCUUUGGUAUUUAUUACUGUCGGUGCCAAUGAGUAUCUUGGUUCUGUUCACAAUGGCCUCGGGAAAGAUAUAUGGACGCUCACUCCUGAACAGAUUAACGAGUUUUUCAGGCUCUUCUACAUUUCAGAACAUUUCUAUGCGUUCACGGUAAUGUUUGCCAAGACCAACUUCUUGUUCUUCUACCUCCGCCUCUUCUCAGACGAACGAUUCCGCCGUUUGACAUGGGCUAUAAUAUGGACUUGCAUCUUUUCGGCUAUAUACUUUCUCGUAGCUACCUCAAUCCAAUGUUGGCCCAUCAGCUACACCUGGACGAAAUGGGAUGGCGAGCAGUCGGGGCACUGCCACGACAUCAACAUUCAAACUUGGGUUCAUGCUAGUGUGAAUAUCAUACUGGACGUUGUGGUGGUUUCCUUGCCAAUCUCCCAAAUAAUGAGACUCAAUUGGCGCUGGAAACAAAAGUUGGGAGCGGGUAUGAUGUUUGCCGUUGCGCUUCUGAUCACCUUUGUCUCGAUUCUGCGACUGAAGACCAUCAAAGCCUUCAUGAAAACUUCAAACCCUACUUGGGACAUAGUGCCUAUAUCCAACUGGUCCUUCGUCGAGUUGAAUGGGUUCAUCUUUUGCUCUUGCAUGCCUGCCUUUAGGAAUUAUUUUCGUCGAAUCUUCAGGCGCAGAAGAGGGGACCUGUCACUCGGCAACAGAGGACGACUACGGACUGUUGUGGACAGAGCUAUCCAGCCCGGAGGUCAGUUGUACGAGAUCGCUUCAGUUGACGUCGAUCACGAUGAUGGCCCUGAUGAAUCACUACAAGAACUUAGCCAGAUCGACUUGGGUGUCGGGCAUCUCCCCGCCGAUGUUCCAGCCAUGGAGAGUGACCAAGGCGCUUCUAAAACAUCUGCAACGGAACACGCAGAUCACGAUAAAAAUUCGGUCGAGAUGGAUCUUACAGACCUCUACCACCUGUCAUCUCUGAUAUUCGAGAGUGUACAGGAGAACGCCAGGACGCCACGAAGAAAAUACGCAAACAAGCAAGAGGCCGAAGAAGAACGGAAAAAGUAG